CAUAAAUACAGGGCCUUGUAGUCCGGUAUCCCUCUACUUGCUGAUUGACCGUCCCGCUAACUACAUCGCCAUGAAAAUCGUUCUUCUUCUCGCCUUUGUGGCAGCUGCUAACGCGGCGUAUUUCUGCCCUAACGGUGACGCAGACUGUGACCCAGGAGAGUGCUGCGUCAGAUCCAUCCUGGUCAACGCCUGCCAGCCCUUGGGUCAACUGCACGACGCCUGCAACAACGAGGGUCUCUCUCUCAGCGGCUACUGCGACUGUGCGGACGGUUUGACCUGCGUUGACUACGGCACCGGCGCCUUCACGGACUUCUGGGUCGGCGACGGCUGGUGCGUCCACACGCCCGCAGACCAAGCGAACCCUGCCACCGGCGACAUGUAAACUCACCAAAACUGUCGUCCGUUAUAGGACGUAAGACCUUUCAGGAGGACAUAAGACCUUUCAGGCUCAGGGAUGAGAACUGAAUAAAGCAACAUGUCUUAUGGAUA